AUGAUAUAGUUUUAGAGAAUAGCGAUGUUAAUUUGGAUGAGUUGGAAUUUGAUUAUAUGGAUUUUAAUGAAGAUUCACCCCAGUCCCCCACAUUCUCACAAACUAGCGAUCAAUCUUUAGUUAAUGAAGAUUUACCUCAGUUAUCUGCAUUACCGCAAACCGGUUUAGUCAAACGAAAAAAAAUUGAAAGGCAGGGUGGUAGUCCUGUUAAAGUGUUUUAUAAUAUUACAUUAAUUGAUAAUAUUAAAUUUUGGGUUUGUCAUCAUAAAGCUUGUAUUCCUAGAACAAAAUACAUAAAAGAUGGUUCUACUUCUAAUUUAUGGCGAUAUUUGAGAAAUAAACACCAUAUAUCACAAGCCAUGGUGGAAGAUGGUCAAGCAAAAGUUGUAGUAAAGAAUAAUAGUUGUAAAUUUUGUAUAAUUCCCGAAUCAUCUCAAACAACACUAACACAAGCAUUUAACAAAACAAAAAAAUAUACAUUCAGUAACUCCAAACAAAAAAAACUUGACAAUAACAUAGCAGCUUUUAUUGUUAAAGAGCUUCAACCAUUUUCAAUUACUCAAUCACGGGCACUUAAAAGAAUUGUUGAAGGACUCGAUGCCUAG